AUGGCAUAUGUCCUGAGUGGCAUGUAUGGCCCCGUGAAGGACCUGGGCGCCGGCAACGCUAUACUGAUCAUCCUGCAGCUCUUCUGUGCCGGGGUCAUCGUGUUGAUUUUGGAUGAACUGCUUCAGAAAGGCUAUGGCUUGGGCUCAGGCAUCUCCCUCUUUAUUGCGACCAACAUCUGUGAGACUAUUUGCUGGAAAGCCUUCAGUCCAACCACCAUGAACACAGGCAAAGGACCUGAGUUUGAGGGUGCAGUGAUUGCACUCUUCCAUCUGCUGAUCUCGAGGAGCGACAAGAUCACUGCGUUGAAAGAAGCUUUCUACCGGCAGACCGCUCCAAACAUUACCUCACUCUUCGCAACGAUUCUGGUCUUCUUCUUCGUGAUCUACUUUCAAGGCUUUCGUGUGGACCUCGCCGUCAAGAACCAAAGGGUCCGAGGCCAGAUGGGCUCGUAUCCGAUCAAGCUUUUCUACACCUCCAACAUCCCGAUUAUUCUGCAGACGGCGCUGGUCUCCAAUCUGUAUUUCUUCUCUCAGCUGCUUUACAAGCGCUUCAAGGCAAACAUGUUCGUGAACAUGAUCGGCCAGUGGCAGGAGACGGAGAUCACCGGCCAGUCGAUUCCUGUCGGUGGACUCGUGUAUUACAUCUCGCCACCGCACUCCUUCGGGGAGGUUUGGGAAGACCCCAUCCACGCUCUCUUCUAUGUCGUCUUCAUCCUCGUCUCCUGCGCACUCUUCUCCAAAGCAUGGAUCGACGUCUCGGGCUCCUCCGCGCGCGAUGUGGCGAGGCAGCUGCGAGAGCAGCAGCUCAUGAUGCCAGGCUACCGAGACUCCGAUCUGCCCAAAGUCCUCAACCGCUACAUCCCAACCGCUGCUGCCUUUGGCGGUGCCUGCAUUGGAGCGCUGACGAUUGUCGCCGACUUUCUGGGUGCGAUCGGUAGCGGAACAGGGAUCCUGCUGGCGGUGACCAUCAUCUAUGAGUACUUCGAGAAGAUCUGCAAGGACACGUGGCCGAGCAUUAGCAAUGGCAAGGCCCCCGGGCCCGUCGCAGCCUUCUGUCGUUUCGCCUCCCAUAAGGUGUGUGGACCCCCAGGGCGGCACUAA